AUGGAAGAUAUGUUUCUACGGAUUGCAAAUAAAACAUUAGUACAAUUGGGUAUGACCGCACCAAAUCCUGACAUGCAUGGUCUGUUUGAUCGAGAAUUGCAACGUGAGCAGGAAUUCAAUUCUAAUGAUUUGCGUUUAUUUGUACAAUCGAAUAUAACCAAAAUGAAUAUUCAGCAAAAACAUGUAUAUGACACAGUCAUGCAAGCCAUUUCCAAUAAUGCAGGUGGGUUAUAUUUCUUGGAUGCACCUGGUGGUACAGGCACAACGUUCGUUAUAUCACUGAUUUUAGCCACUAUUCGAUCGGAACAGAAAAUUGCACUGGCACUUGCCUCUUCGGAAAUUGCUGCUACAUUAUUAGAAGGUGGUCGGACAGCACACUCUGCAUUAAAAUUGACAUUGAAUGUACAGCUUGUGGAUGUGCCGGAGAUGGAGUAUUUCGCAAGUCAAAACACUGGGGAGGUGCGCGUGCGCGGUUCUAACGUAUUCCACGGGUAG